GGAAGUAGAUGCAUUUUCAAAAGCAGUGAAAAACUAGCAAACUGUAAUAAAUAUUUCUUGUUUUUAUUUGGGCUCGUCGUCGAAUAGCGCCGGGAGUUUUAAACACCCCAUGUGACAUUGAACGGACUUAUUUUUUUACCUUAUUUUUUACUUUGACGUCGGCCAUUUGAGACACGUUUAACGUAUUAAUAGCGACAUAGGUGGGCGAAGUUGUUGGGAAUGGACGUGACGACAUGUUUAAAGUCGCUUCUUCUCGCCUUGCAGCAAUAUGGAGGCGACAGGAGCGCUCACAACACUGCACAGCUCCUCAAACAAGUGGAGGAGGUCUCUGCCCCCAAGUGCGACCAGCUGCUGUCCUCGGGCCAGCUUUUACCCAUCGAGUGCGUCCGUGGCCUGGUGGAGCUGACGGGCAACCCAAACACUUGCCCCGCCUUGGCAAGCGCCAUCAUCUCCUUGCUGGCGCAGCUGGCGUGCGAUGACGACAGCAGGAGGAUGCUUCACAGCAGCUUCAACCUCACCAACAUCAUGGCCUCCGUCAUCCACCGCCACAGCGCCACCCCAGGAGACCCUGUAGUACUGCAGAGUCUCCAGUUGCUGCAGAAGCUGACCUACGACACCCGCGUCUUUCCGUCCACAAACAUUCAUGAGCUGGUGGGCUUCCUCAUGACCAACAUCCUCUCCCAGAAAGAUGACAUCAUCAUGCCGUGCCUCGGCCUGAUGGCCAACCUGUGUCGGGGCAACCACCUGGUGCAGAGUCACAUCAAGUCUCUGGAUAACGUCAAGCCGUUUUAUCGAACGCUGAUUAACUUUCUGGCUCACCACAGUCUGACCGUGGUGGUCUUCACUUUGUCCAUCCUGGCUAGCCUCACUCUGAAUGAGAAGGUUGGAGAGAAGCUGUUUGACGCCAAGAACAUCCACCAGACCUUCCAGCUGGUCUUCAACAUCAUUGUGAACGGCGACGGCACUCUCACCAGGAAGUACUCUGUGGACCUUUUGGUUGAUCUCCUGGGAAACCCUAAAAUUGCAGAUUAUCUCACCCGGUAUAAGCACUUUCCAGCGUGUGUGUCCAAGGUUUUAGGACUGCUGCAGUUAAAAGAUCCUGCCUCUGCAGCCAUGGUGUUGGAGCUGCUCCUCGCCAUGAGUGGCGUCCCGGGCCUGCGUCUGCCGCUGUGCCAGGUCCUGUUCAAGCCGGCUGCGCCCAAGCUCAGCGCGGCGGGCAGCAGACAGGCGGAGUCGGGGCUGGCGCUGGUGCAGUGGCUGAGCUCGCCUGUGAAGGGCGCCGAGGGCUGCUCGCUGAAGGCUCUGCGGCUGCUGAAGGAGCUGCUGGAGGAGGCACUGGGCGCUGCCUUUGUGUCGGAUGGCGUGCGGAGUUUUGUGGAAAUGCUACUUCCUGUCCUGCUGGGCUUCGUCCAGGGAGACGUUGACUUGAGACAACACUGCGUACGCAUUUCUCGCGUCAGCGGCGUGCUGCUCAUCAUGUGCGCCGAGGACGCCGCGCGGGCGCUGGUGGCCGAGCAGGUGAGCGCCCAGCUCUGCCUCUCGCAGGUGGAGACCCUCCUUGUCACUUGCCAUAGCAACACCCCUCUGCCUCCCGGCUCGGAUGACAACCUGAGUCAAGUGUGUGCCGAGGCUCUGUUGAAGACGUUGGAGUUGAUGAGCAAACUGAGGCAGCAGGUGAAGGACAUGGAGACCAGCUUCUACCGCGUGCUACAGGACCACAGGAUAGCCACGCCCCUCUCCCUCGCCCUGACCUCUUUCCACAGGGAGCGCGUGCAGACCGGCCUCGCUCUCUUGUUAGAGGCCACGCCCCUCCCGGACUUUCCGUCCCUGGUUCUCGGAGAGAGCAUCGCCGCCCACAACUCUUACCGCCAAAGAGAGGCGGAGCUGGCCGUCAAGCGCAUCGCAGUGAAGGACGUGCCGCCGCCGCCUCUUCCUCGGGUAAACGCCAGUGGACUGGAGGUGUCCAGCGCAGCCAGCAGUGGUGUCCACAGUCUGGUUGAAAAGCUCCACAGCGGCUUGGAGCUGCAGGAGCAGACGAAGGACGCCCACGUGUCUGACAUCAUUGACGUUUAUGAACAGCAGCUCGCUUCCAAGGAGAGCCUUGUUCAGGACCUGCUGGAAGCCAAAGCCGCGGCGGUGUCCCAGGCCGACCACCUCAUCGCUCAGUAUCACUUCCAGCGAGCUCAAGCCGAGGCCGAGGCUCGUAAGCUGGCCAGUUUGCUGAAGGAGGCGGAGCGGCGGCGAGAAGAGCUGCAGGGCGAACUGGGCGCCCAGCUGGAGGAGGCGAAACGCUCCAAGGCCGACACGGAGGAGCUGCUGCAGCACAACGCGCGCCUGCAGCAUGACUCGGAGGAACACCAGGCCCUCAAAGGGAGCUACAACACCCUGCUGAACAGAUUUAACGAGAGCGAGCGGCUUCUGAGGGAGCUUCAAGCGUCUCAUGCCAGUCUUGCUAAACAACUGGAGACGCAGAAGAAGAACCACAAAGCGCUGCAGCUCCAGCACGACAGGACGGCGUCACUGCUGAGGGAGAAGGAGGAGAAAGCCAAGGAGGAGGAGCAGGAGAGGAGGGAGCUGGAGGAGACGUUGGAUGUUCUGAGGAAGCAACUCGACGAGACCGAGCAGGCAAGGAAGGACGCCAGCAUCAAGAAUGGUCAGCUGGAGGGCAAACUGAAGCAGAGGGAGGACGAGCUGAAGAAGCACUCCAGCAUGAUCGCCAUGAUCCACAGUCUGAGCAGCAGCAAGCUAAAGAGUGAGGUCAACCUCUCGCUGUGAGACGCGCAGCACAAGGAAUAACAUUGUUUGAUGAUUUAAAAAUAUAUAUUUUUUAUGUAAUGAAUUAAAAUGUAUCUUUUUGGGUCAAUAAAUGUUGAUAAAUGUGA